AUGGACGAACAUCAACGCAAGCUCCUUGAUAAAGCUAUGUUACAGUUGUCUACCCAGACCCUUCAACAAGACGAGAACAAAGAAACUCAUAACAAGGUCAACCAUUGGUUCUAUUUCAUGGAAGCAUUUAGCUACAAAAACUCGUCACUUCUUGAUAGAUCUAAUGGCAACUACCAUCUAUUUCUUGAUGGGGAACCUCACCACCCGGACUCAAUCAUGCUGGAAGCACAGCGCGAAGCUAACAAGACAAGGCAUCCAUGUCCAGUUUCAUCUUACCUUACAACUCGAGAUGAGCUGAUUGAGCACUACAAACUUCUCUAUGAAAUCAGUCCUGAAAAUUCAAAAAGUGAUGAUGAUAGCGCGAUUAGACAAGUUGCUAUGUUAAAAGUUCCCGAGUUUGUAAGGAUCUCAUUAGAAUCACUUUCUCCAAUCCCAAUCUCAAGCAUGCACCUCAACAAGGUUCAUCAGGAACAUUAUCUAAUCGUUCGAGUUAUAUCACCUGCAGUUCGACUUGCGGCAAUCCAGGUAGCAAUUGAAGACGAACAAGGAAGUGUUAUUGAUCUAGCGAUGUACCAUUGUUUCGAAACGUCAGGACUAGACCGUCAAGGUGUUAUUGAGCUCGUUCCACUUGGUCAGGCAUUACUUAUCCGUCAACCAUGGUUGACACGAGGGCUAACCGGAGGCAAUGUUACAAUCCGUGUAAGCUCACCUAGCGAUCUAAUUUUCUUGCCGCCAAGCCAUCCCCUACUAUCAAAUUGCCCUGAAGCAUGGAAAGCCGGGGGCGGAAAGGAUUCGCAAGUUUACAAGGAUAUAGGAAACCACGCUUUCAAAAACGGUCGCUUCGAGUCAGCUAUUCAAGCAUACAGCCACGGACUUCUGGUCGAUCCCACUGCUUCAGUUUUACGACUCAAUCGUUCAGCUUGUUACCUGAGCAUAAACAAGCCUUCCAUGGCACUCAAAGAUGCUCAGAUCGCCUCAGAGGACAAAUCAAUGAAGGAUGCUCUUCGCUCGAAAGCUCAAUAUCGAAUGGCACUCGCAUAUUACGCCCUAGAUCGUUUUUCUGAAGCUUUGUCUAUCCUGGAAAGGAACAACGGUUACCGGUUCUCGCCUGCUGAUUUUUCCGAGUUGGAGAAAAAAAUUCACGAGAGACUUGUCGAGCAAGCACAGGGAAGCUAUAAGUGGUUGGCCUUGAGUAAGAUGGCCAAACAAAUCAACGGACACCGGCAGGUUACCGACGUUGCCGACUAUGUAGGACCAGUGGAGGUCGCACUGAUGGAGUCCAAAGGUGGAGGUCGUGGUCUUGUCACCACCCGCGAAGUACUCGCAGGAGAACUCUUGAUGGUGUCGAAGCCAUUUGCCUUUGCUGCUUCCUCAGAGUACCCUGAGCUGUUUCGAGUUCUUCAAGCCCGAACGGGCUCAGUUAUAGAACGAGCAAGCCACGAGCUAGUGGGGCGAGCUAUGCAACGCCUUGUAGGCGAUUAUACUGCCGCGAGCGCUCUAUUCUUAGAUCUCCAUUCCAACUCCCCGCAAACCAGCACACCUCAAAUAGCCCGAAGUGUCCCUACUUUUCUUCAAAAUGGCGGACGGUACUGGGACAUACCUGGGGAGUGCACCAUCGGCGAUAUUGAUACCAAUCGUGUUGAAGGCAUUAUCAGAAGUAACGAGUUCAACGACUCAAUAAAAAUGACGCAUUUUGGAAACAAUGAAGCCAUAUACCUACUUCCCUCUCUCGUUAACCACUCCUGCCACGGCACGGCGGUUCGAACAUCCAUUGGCUCCAUUUUGGUAAUGCGAGCUUCACGCAACCUGAAGAAGGGACAAGAAGUGACGUGUUCCUACGUAGGAGGCACCGAGGGAGCCAGCUAUAUUAGUCGUGCAGCUGCUCUGAGGAAAUGGAGUUUUACUUGCGAGUGUGAGCUGUGCACCGCAGAUAAAAAGGACGGGGAGCAACGUUGUCAAAGCCGCGAAGGCCUUCAAGAAGAUUUGAAUCAAUUACAUAUGGCCAUUCGUAUAGGAGACGCAGAAAGCGCCAAAAAUGCAAGGGAACUUGUCACGAAAAUACGAGCAACCUAUGGCAACGAGCGGAUCACGCCGAUGGAUCUCUUGGGUCGCGCCCAGCGUCUUUCAGGAUUUACACAACAAGCCUUUAAUCCGAGUUUGGCAAUCCAGUUAUACACGGAUGGACUCCGAUCUCACGGCAUACGUGUAAAAAAAAUACCACCAAAGAAAAUACCUCGAAAUAACUCUGAGUUGCGGAGGGAUGCCUUGAUUAUUGGCACCAGUAACUUUCCUUCACAAAUCGACACUAUCUUCAGAUGUAUCAAGGUGAUGGUGACAUUGGCAGCUUUGGAGGCUCAACAAGGGAAAAUUUCGUUGGCGAGUCACUGGGCAGUGGCAAGUUUAUGGGGUGAGCAGAACUUUCCUACAAGUCGCAUGAUCCCUUAUUGA